AUUUGUCGAUUUUGCUGGCAUCAUAUUCAAGAAAAUUUGAACGGACUCUGUCCUGCUUGUCGUAGAGUAUAUUCUGAACAAACUAUUGAAUUUAAGCCCAUAUCAGCUGAAGACGAUGAACAGAAAACAUCUGUCCAACAUGAGAGUGGUUCAAAAAAACCUGGUUUACGUGAUUGGACUGAGCCCGAAGAUUGCGAAUGA